CCUGCAGGAACUCUAUUUCGAAAUACAGGCCAGCCUCACUUUCUCCACAUCACCAUCCGCGAAGCUCUCUGCAACCCCGAAUAGACUUCUUUAAGCUCUAUCCACCUCUCAAGAUACCCUCAAUCGCAAUAACUCCGUCAAAAUGAGCUCCCCAUUCUCAAUCAAUGGUGGCGCCUGCGUAGCAAUGGUAGGCAAAGACUGCGUCGCCAUAGCCUGCGAUCUCCGCCUCGGCCUCCAAUCCCUAACCGUCUCCAACAACUUCCCCAAAAUCUUCUCCUACGGCGACGUCUACCUAGGUCUCACCGGCCUCGCCACCGACGUGUCGACGGUCAGCGAUCUCUUCCGCUACAAAGUCAACAUGUACCGUCUCCGCGAAGAGCGAAACAUCUCUCCUUCCACAAUGGCGAACUUGGUUAGCAGUUCCCUGUACGAGAAGAGAUUCGGUCCCUAUUUCGUGUCGCCGGUCGUUGCGGGCAUUGAUCAGAAGACGGGCAAGCCGUUUAUUUGCGGGUUUGAUAGUAUUGGGUGUAUUGAUUUUGCGAAGGACUUUAUUGUCAGUGGGACGGCGAGUGAUCAGUUGUUUGGUACCUGCGAGGGGCUUUGGGAGCCGGAUCUUGCACCAGAGGAUCUGUUCGAGACUAUCUCGCAAGCUUUACUGAAUGCUGUGGACAGAGAUGCGUUGUCGGGUUGGGGUGCACACGUCUACAUUAUCGAGAAGGACAAGGUCACUAAGCGAUUAUUGAAGGGCAGACAGGAUUAGAGG